UGUUCUAAUGCUUUCAGAUGUUAACCUUUCAUACAACAACAGCAACAUACCCAGUGUAUUCCCACCAAGUGGGGUUUGGGGGAUGUUAGCCUUGCGUAUUUUUUAUAUAGGAACCAGAAUUUUCUUCCACGUGUACCUUGGAUAUUCUAUUAGAGACUCUGCAUUUCCGGAGGACAAUAAGAUUUUACUCAUUAUCAAAGCACAAGGGUGAACAGGAGCAGCUCUAAACCGCAUCCACCUUUCUCAAGUAACUGGAGAAGGGGAAAAAACAAGAAUCAUUUGAUGAAACGUCAAGUAAUGCAUGAACUAGGCAGGCGAAUUCGCAGCGGUACAUCUAUUUUAUCUGUAGCUUUUUCAAAUAAAAAAUGACUCAUAUUUCAAAAGACAUACAUUCGGGGCUGACAUAUCAACGUACUGUGAGUGAUAAAAAGGCUUCAAACUUGUUUAUGUUACAUUUUGCUAUGAACUUUCCUAGAUAAAAUUAUUACUCCUGUUUCCUACCUAAAUUAGGUCUUUUUCUCUCAUGAUGUAUAAAAAUUUCUGUAGUUGCAACGUGCUACUUUAUGUCAAUUUUCAUGUUGAUCUCAAGAUGCUUCCUCAGCUUCACAGUGACAAUAGACGCUACACGCUGCUCAACAAGAUUGGAAAUUACGUCAAUGAUAUAUAAGCAGCUCAAAGAUUGAACAACUCCUACAAUGACAACGAACUGUCAUUGUGCACAUCUUAGCGGUUCUGCAAAUUGAUUGAGCACCGAAUGUAUGAUUGCCCCAAGUUGGUUGGGAACUGUCAUUGGUCACCUCGGCAUACAGAGGUAUUUCGAUUCGGGUAAGAAACUAGAAAGUAGAACUUCAACUUCUGUGGUUGAAUUUGAUGUCUUUGGUAGGCAGAAUGAAAAGAAGGAAUUGAUUGACCGUUUAACAUCUAAGGAGGCAAGUGAAAAAAAUCUGACUGUUGUCCCUAUUGUUGGAAUGGGGGGCAUGGGCAAGACAACACUUGCUAAAGCUGCUUACAAUGAUGAGAAGGUGCAAAGCCAUUUUAAUUGGACAGCUUGGUUUUGUGUGUCUGAGCCAUAUGAUGCUUUCAGAAUAACAAAAGGGUUACUUCAAGAUAUGGGCUCAUUUGACUUAAAGGAUGACAAUAAUCUUAAUCGGUUACAAGUCAAAUUAAAGGAAAAACUAAAUGGAAAAAGAUUUCUCAUUGUUCUAGAUGAUGUAUGGAAUGAAAAAUACAACGAGUGGGAUGACUUGAGGAAUAUUUUUGUUGACGGAAACAUUGGAAGUAAGAUCGUCGUGAUGACACGUAAAGAGAGUGUUGCCUUGAUGAUGGGUAGUGGGGCAAUCAACGUGCAGACUUUGUCUGAUGAAGCCUCUUGGGCUUUAUUCAGACGACAUUCGUUAGAAAACAGGGAUCCUAUGGAACAUCCGGAACUUGAAGAGGUCGGAAAACAAAUUGCAGCUAAGUGCAAAGGACUUCCCUUAGCUCUGAAGACGCUCGCUGGCAUGUUACGCUCCAAAUCAGAAAUUGAAGGGUGGAGACGUAUUUUGAGAAGUGAAAUGUGGAAGCUGCCUAACAAUGACAUAUUACCAGCAUUGAUGUUGGGCUACAAUGAACUUCCCCCACACUUAAAGCCAUGUUUUUCCUUUUGUGCAAUAUUUCCUAAAGAUUAUCCAUUUAGGAAAGAGCAAGUUAUUCAUCUGUGGAUUGCUAAUGGUCUUGUAGAACAACAGGGAGAUGAAAGAAUUCAAGAUUUAGGCAACCAAUACUUUGACGAGUUGAGAUCAAGAUCGUUGUUCGAAAGGGUCCCAAAGUCUUCUGAAAGAGAUGGAGGGAAAUUCUUAAUGCAUGAUCUUGUCAAUGAUUUGGCCCAAACUGCAUCUUCAAAACUUUGUGUCAGGUUGGAAGAUUGCCAAGGAUCUCAUAUGCUGGAACAAAGUCGGCACUUGUCCUAUUCAAUGGGAGAAGGUGGUGACUUUAAGAAAUUGAAUCG